GUGAAAUUUGAAAAGCGGAGGAAGUGAGUUUGUGAUGUUUACAGAGAAAGAAAUAUGAAGAAAUAGCGAAUUCAAUCAAAAAGCUACAAUCUGUUAUUCUCAGAAAUAAACUUCGUUGUUAUUAAAAGCUAAAUUGACACAAUGAUACCUGCAAGAAGAGGUACCCGGCCUGUGGCCACAGGAGAAAAUGUCCGCAAAGUGAAGUCAGGAACUGCUUUGGGUAAAGCAGCUGGCACAACAGCAGGGAAACGACAGGGAGAUAUGUUACAGGAUCCCUCACAGAAAAGACGUGCAGCGUUCGGAGACAUAACUAAUGCCCUUUCAGACAAGGAAAAUAUCAAAAUUGCCUUGAAGAAAUCCAAGCUGCCCACAACUGCAGGAGGGCUAGUGAAACCAGUUCUGCCUGGAAAGAAAAUAACAAAAGAGAACAAGCCAUUGAAGAAAAAGGACCGACCCCAGAAAGUCCCAUCAAACGAAAAUCUCACGGAUGAGAGUUCACUUUCCCUGUUAAUCAGCUCACAAGAGUCGAACAGCAGCGGGAGUAGCUCACAGGAGUCGAUUGUGUCGGCGAACGAUCUUAGGUAUAUUUGCCAGGGUGUUGAGGAUUUGGUCCCACUUGACGACACUGAGGAUAAGGUAUUGGAAGGUAUUGAUGAUGUGGACAAGGAGAACCUACAAGACCCUGUCCAGGUAGCGCUCUAUGCCUUCCAUAUCUUCGAGUACUACAAGGAGCGAGAGCUACUGUUCAAAGUGGAGCCAUACAUGUCCAGCCAGCGAUUCCUGACAUCCAGCAUGCGUGCCAUCCUUGUUGACUGGCUCGUGGAAGUUCAGGAGAACUUUGAGCUCAACCACGAGACCCUAUACCUGGCUGUGAAGCUGGUGGACAUGUACAUGAGCACUAUUACCACACCAAAGGAGUCUGUCCAGCUGGUGGGUGCAGUGGCCCUCUUUAUUGCUGCCAAGUUUGAUGAGCGAUGCCCACCCCUCGUGGAAGACUUCCUUUAUAUCUGUGAUGACGCAUACAAACGUACGGAGUUCCUUGACAUGGAGAGAGCCAUUCUACACGCAGUCGGCUUCGAUAUCGGCAUGCCCCUCUCCUACAGAUUCCUGCGUAGAUACGCCAAGUGCAACAGAGCGAAUAUGGAGACAUUGACAUUGGGGCGUUACAUCCUGGAGAUGUCUCUAAUGGAGUAUGACUUUGUGCCGAGACGGGAGUCUGAGAUGGCUGCUGCAGCACUGUUCCUUGCCCUGCGCAUGAAAAACACAGGCACAUGGAACAAGACAAUGGUCCACUACACAGGUUACACAGAGGAAGAGUUACGGCCCUUGGCUCGGAAACUCAACAAUUACAUUACCAGUCCCCCAAAACAGUUGACCACCAUACGCUCUAAAUAUUCACACAAAGUAUUCUAUGAAGUAGCGAAGGUCCCAGCACUUUCUGAUUCUGAGCUGGCGUGAAUAAGGGAAGAUAAUUCAGGAAUGACAACUGUGAUGUAGUGAUGGAAUUAUUGAUUCCCUUCCUUGGCCUACGCCUUGUCUCCGGGCCAUAGAGUGUACAACAGUGUUGUUUUCCAGAGGAUUCGGAAGCAAAUACAAAAAUCAUGUGUUCAAAUUUUUUGUUGAUAAAGAUAUUUUUAAUGAAUUAGAGCUACAUUCCUUGUGAUUUUAUUGCGAUUGGGAGUAGAUAAAUUAUUGCUUCUAAUAGUAGGAAGAAAAGAUACAAAUAAACACAAUUUUUAUACAGAUGAUUUUAACAACAAGCAGGGCUUCCAUUAAGAAUUUGAAACUGGAAGUAUGAACUUCUGUCCAUCAAUUUUGGAAGUUUUCACUGAAAUGUUGAAGUUUAAUUUGUGUCUCGAAAACAAUAUCUUCUCCACUAUUUGUCAACUAUGUUAAAAAUCAAGUAAUUUGCAACUUUAACUUGCCAAAUUUAAAGACUUCUAUUAUAAUAAUUCAUUUUACUUAAAGACUGAUUGAAAUUGUGACCAUAAAAGUUAUAUUGACACAAGGAUUGAAUAUUUUGAACUUUCAAGUUUUCUUCAAAAUUAUGGAAGUUUUUGUACUUCCAAGCAAUAUAUUUUGGAAGUUUCAACCCAUUUCUAGAAGUAAUAUACUUCCAACUCUAAUGGAACCAGGAAGCCCUGAACAAGCAAUAUUAAAUAGAAUGAAUGGGAAGAUGUCUUUCAAACCAUAUUGUGUUCGUACAAUGAGAUCAGGGAUGUGUAAUACUAAAGAGAAUCAUGCCAUUGUUGUAGGAAUUUUAUUUAUAUGGCAUUUUUACGGAGUGUGUACAUUUUACAACAUUUUACACUUUUAUUACUAUUUAAUGUACAUAGACUUUCUCUUUUUACUUCAUUUAAGGCUUGUGUUACUAUGCGCAGUUAUUAACAUUACAUUAACUAUUUUACGAUAUUAAUUUAAUCAGUCAGUUGUAAGGUUAGGCAAGCUGAAAAUGGAAUUUUUAUUUCGUGAAUUUCAAGAUUAGUUUUUUUGUGUACGUCUGUUUUUAAUGAGGACUUCUUUUACAUCAAAUUAUUGUUUUAAGUUUAGAAUGAAUUAAGAACUAAUUCUUGACAAACACAUUAAGCUUAAAUGAGUUCAUGAAAAUAGUUCAAACUUCAGUAAAGAAAUGGAAGAAUUGCUUUAUUUUGGGUAUAAAAAAUACAAAUUAACAUCACUCAAUGAAAGGCUUUCAAAAUUUGGCUCAUCUUACCAGCAAAGGAAUUUUGAGUCUAAUCUUAAAAUUCUAGCAUUUUUCAGACUCGUAGAAAACAGUCAUUCUUGAAUCAUUCAGUCAUCCAUUAUUCAUAUUAAUAGGCCUAAAAAAAAUUAUACGUUAGGGUUCAUCUUUUUAAAGAUAGGUAGAUUAGGAACAUUGUUUAGUAUAAAUUUCUUUAUAAUUAAGCUUUAUUUAACAACAUCAUUUUCCUUAUUGGGUAAUGGCGUUAAAGAAAACAGUGUAUCAGUAUUUAUCAGUAUACUGCUUUAUAAACUACAUAUUAAAACAACCAUGCACACACACACACAAAAUAACCAAUGUACUAUAAAAUUCAUACAGUCCGCGCCUAUUUUGUAGGUAACCUGAACCAGAAUUAUUUUUUUAGGCCUUAGUGUACAGAAACAUGGGAAUUGGUGAUUUUGAAUUAAUUUUAGAUAAUUUGGGGUUUAGCCUUACAUUUGUGUAAUCCAAGAUUUUAACCCAUUUUAGCAGUUUUCCAAAUGAUCUCGAAAUACAGACUGUACAUACAUGCUAAUCCGUAGAAUUAGACUCAUUGUGUAUUGAAUGAGUGAAGUUUUAUCACCAUAUUCAUACAAUCAUUCAAACAUUGUCCUGAAAAGAUCAACUAUCAUUUUCUUAAACAAACAAAAGUACAUUUUUAUUGAUCCCCCAUAUACUACAGUCAUAAUAAAUCUCUUGGUAAUCUUUUGAAAAUUUCUUACAAACUGUUGAAACGCUAAUUUAUUUUAAUUUCUUCAGGAGAAAAUUGUGAACGACUCCCUUUAUUGGGGAAUUGGUAUGUGACUUAUGUAUUGUGAAUUUCGGAUGAAAUUCAUUUGACCUAUAGUGUAAAUUUUUAAGCCCUUCAAAGCAGCUCAUAUAUAACUUUUGAAAGAAAUUAGUUGGCUAGUAAAUUCAUGUAGUCUAUCAAGAUUUAGUGUAGUCAACAUGGAACACUGUAUGUACUCAGAUUUGUUUUGCUUAAUACAAGAAACGCUGGGUUCAUAUUCACUCAUCCCUUGAAUGUAGAGUUUGAGUUUAUUUCUGGUUACAGACUGGCAAACAGGUUGUACUUGAAUUAUAUUAAUUCAACUAAUUCCUGGUCACAUUGUGGUUCAUAAACUGCAAAACCCUGUCAACAAGUAGCUUGCAAAAAAAAAUUGUGGAUUGAGUAACCCCAUUUUAUCAAGUAGAAGUGAAGCAUUGGCCAUGAAAAUUGCUGUAUACAUAUUUUUUUCUGUAUAUGACUAGUAAAACUAUUAAUCAAAAAAAAACUUUUUGUCAAACAGCAUGGUAUGAAUUGUUUUUGGUUUAUUUUAAAAAUUCACUCUUUUGAUUAUUUGACUUAAGGCAUUAGUGAAUAUGGAACCUGCACUUUAAUCAAAGAAGUAUAAACAUUGCUGAAGUGAUUUUGUGAUUGUUUACUCGUGUUGCUAGUCACAAAAGAAAUAAAGAGGUAUACAUUAUAUAUAGAUAUCUUUAACCACUAUGGAAGUAUUGCUUUCAAUGUCAUGUAUGUAUUUCUACCGGUCAUUGUCUCAAAAAAUCUAUAUUGCCUUCAUUCUAGAGAUAAGAUGCUAUAUUGAAGUUAUUUUAUUUUUAAAGGCAGAUAUCUUCCUUCUCUCUUUUGUUAAUAACUUAAGGUAUUAGGUAAGCCGUCCAUCAUAAUGAUGCAAAGAUGAAUUAGUGUGUUUUAGAUAUUAACAGUAAUAUUAUUUCUUUGCACAUUUUAUGUUAAUUAACCAUAAUGUGCUAUUUUUACAUGGAUUACUUUUUCCAAUAACACCAUAAUGAUGCUUCUAUUUUGAUAUGAUAUUUUUUUAUGAUUAUAAAGCAAUAUUAUUUAAACAAAAUCUUAAAUAACAAAUUAAACAUUAUCUAAUGUAGCAAUUUCUUGGAUUAACGAUGGAUGAAUUACCUAAAAAGCAUGACCAUUUGUGUAUACUCUGCAUCUAACAUAUAUGUGAGUGUUAUCAUUAUGUCAUUGUCUGAAUUGUUCUACCUAUCAUCUGUAAAUAAAGUUCUUUUUAUA